AACCCACGAAAAGACACUCACAAAAAAAAAAUAUAAAAAUUAUUGAAUUUGUUGUACACACAUAAAUGGGAUGUAAUUUAUUCUCUCCGUACGAAUCGCUCAAAAAAUCGUUCGUUAUAAUUUAAUUUUUUUUGUUAAAUUUACUGAAAAUUGGCAUAGAAGGCCUAAGUGAAAGUGUCAAGUCAAAAUUGAAUUGGAUUUUGUAGCCUGACACAAUAGCUUAACGACAACGCAAAAUAUACUCGUAAUAAAAACAGCCAAAUAAAAAGAAGCGCUGGUGUGAUUUUAUUGAGAUUUUACCAAAAACCAAAAUUAACAAAAACAAAAAAAAAAUCUUUGAAGUCAAAAAACCCAAAGCAAAGCGAAAAAACGAAAGCCAAAGUCUUUCCCAGUGAAACUUAAUUAAAAUAAAAUCUAAAAAUCAAUCAAGGCGAGCGCCACAGCAGAAUUGCCACAAUAGCGAGUGCAACUUUUUUACAAUAAAAGCGAAAAGAGCAACAAUAAUAACAGCAAUAAUGAGCGGAUACAGAGAGAUGUCCAAACUGGAGAACAGUCGAAACUGCCUACGUCGCAUUGCGCGUCACGAUGAACCACAAUUCUCCAAGGACAGCAUCAUUAAUGUGAUGGAGAAAUUUCUGAAAAGUGUUAAAGUGAUGGAUGAUACCAUUCUGGUGCCAUGUUUGCUUAUGGAUCGACAGGUCGGUGAUAGCACAGACAUUAUACCAGCACCUGGCAAGAAUUCCACAUCCAAUCAGCACACUCUUGAACAUUCUGGUUCUCAUGGCAAACGUAGCGCUGCACACUCCAAGAACGUACACGAAUUCCUUAGUUCAUCGGAGCUCUUCAACAUCUACAACAUGCUGAAGGUGCUCAAGACUGAUUUGCUGUGGACGGGCAAGGAUGAGUCGGAAGAUGAUCACGAAGGCGUGUGUGAUGAGCUACGCAAUACUGAAAUGGAAAAUGUCCUAUAUGUGCGCUGCGAUUCCACCAAAUCGGAUGCGGCAAGCGUGGCGAGCAGUAGUCAAUCGGCCGAGGCCGUCGCCGCCGCUACCAAGAGUGUGGCAAAUACAAAUUCCAACACACUACCAUCAACUAUCGCCACCACCGCCACCGUCACCGCCACCGCCACUACUACCAAUAACAGCGCCAAAGGUCACAAUCGUUGCCCAUCCACCGCCUCAGUGGCCUCGAUUGUCUCCACCACAUCGGUGUGCAAUCUGAGCGAUUCGGAAAGUGAAAUUUCCAAUGAAAAUGAUUCGGGCAUGGAAUCGGAGGGCCAUAAGAGUGACAAUCGACCAAGCAGCACCGCGUCUGUCAGCGGUAGUGACGAUACUGACUCACGUGCCGCUGCCGUCGCCAAUUCCACCGCCAAUGCCGACAAAGCUACCGAAUUGGCGAAACGCUGUCGACGACAUCUGAACGGGCUCUACCAAUGCCUAGAACAAAUGACAGAGGCGGCUCACUAUCUGACCGUCAGAUACCAAAGUGAUAUUGGCCCAGUUUAGGGAUAAACUGCCGAGUAGCGCAGGACCAAGAGAGAUUGCACAAACUGCAGUGUUAGCAAGCAGCUUCAAACGAACAAAUGUGCGGUUGUAGAACGUGAGCGCUGCGCGCACGCUUGGAGUGUGCAAAGAGUGGGGUGCCGUGUAGGGGGGUAGUCAGUCUUUUGGGGGGCGGGGUCUCAUUAAUGGGUUUUAUGUAAUAAUUUAAUACUUUUCUGUAACUUUUUACGGUUUUAGGGUUAGGACAUUGGGAAGACGGUAAUGUGAUUACGCCGACGCCCACACAAACAACGGUUACUGCAAUAGGAUUGCCGAUUGUUGAAUGAAAUAAUCAAAAUACUAAAAACAGCAAGCGCCAAUUUAUUUCAAUAUCAAAAAUUCUUAUUGUUAGCCAAUUGUGAUGUGAUGACUAAAACGAAUGGUGGUGCGAGUGUGUGUGUGUGGGCGUAAUGCGUGAGGCUUUUGACUGUCUAUUGUUUGUAUGCAAAAUAUUUUCACAGUUUGUGUGUGUAGGGUAUAAGCAAUGUAGGUAGUCUAUAAAUAUUUAGUUUAAAAGAGAGACGAUUUGAAAGGUAAACGAAAAAACACUGCAGAAAAUUAAAUGGAAAUUUGUAAUUAAAGUCAAAAAACUGUUGCAUGCACAUGUACAGUUACAUAUAUAGAGAUAUUAUGGCAGCCAUAACAACAACAAUUAUGCUAAAUUGAAAAACAGUCUAUGAUUUUGUAAAGCAAGUAAACGAGAAAGCAAAGCGAAUGAGAAUCAGAAAGCAGCCAAAAAUAAAAAAAUAAAAACAAGCACAAAAUCAGCACUUUUAGCGUCAAAAAUGACAAGUAGAAAUUGUGAAUAUUGUACAAAAACAACAAGACACUAUUUUUCCAUAUUUAUGUGAUAAAGCGUAGUAUGCGGCGCCGCGCAUUGCCAAUUGUCUCGCACUCGCCUGGCUCGCUUGCUACGAUAUGAGGCCAAUUUAAUCAAAGGCUUGGCGAUGAAGCCGGAAAUGUGCGCGCGAAAUGCAUAAAUAAAUAAAAACAAUAAGCUAACCGUAUACGAGAUUCAGUUUUUUUUUUAUCUCUUAAAGAUACAAAUAAACACUGUACAUGCAUAUGUUGUAUCUAGGUAUGUAUGUGUGCACAUGCACAUGAGUAUAUUUAUGUGAAUAUUACAAAAACAAAACAUGCAUAUUUCGAACUUAAGGAGAAUCAUAAUAAAGAAACCAAAGUUAUAAACCGAAA